AUGCGCCCCCAACCAUCCCUACGGUUGUCAGCGCCCAAGGCCAAAAUCCCCCCUCCCCGUUCUUUGUGUUCGGGGGUCUCAUUUCUGCUGAUAGCCCUCUUGAUUCUCUCCUCUGGCCCUCGCCGAGCAUUGUCCAACGAAGUAACAACGGAGAGAUAUUUCGCUAUGACAACCCUCCAAGAUAUUCCGCGGCCGGGUGGCUUCACAACGCUCCUGCUCCUACUACUGACUUAUCCGCUCGUCCGAGGGGUCUACAAUCUCACCUUUCAUCCUCUGGCCAAGGUCCCCGGCCCCCGAACCUGGUCAGCUUCGCGUAUCCCCUUCGUGCUUGCGCUUCUCAGGGGCACCAUCGUUCACGACAUCGAGAGACUCCAUAGGAAGUAUGGUCCCAUCCUACGGAUUGCACCGAACGAAGUCACGUUCGCCCAGUCAGAUGCCUGGGACGACAUAUUUCAGCUUCGGCAGGGUCACCAGCAGUUCUUGAAACAUCCUGUCUGGUGGAAGAGCCAGCCCGGCAUGCCGCAAUCCUUAAUCAGCGCUAUCGAUCCCGAAGCUCACUCCCGCAUUCGUAAGAUCCUCAUGCCCGGAUUUACGCCGCGCGCUUUGAGGAAUCAGGAGCCCAUCUUACAUCGAUACGUCAACCUGUUAGUGGAAAGGCUACGAGAGUGUGCGACCGCGCCCACAGGCCUAGACGAGCGGGGUGUUCAGCUCGACGUAGCGCCGUGGUUCAAUUUCACAACCUUUGACAUAUUCGGAGAUCUCGGCUUCGGGGAGUCCUUCGACUGCCUCCAGCACUCGCGAUACCACCCGUGGAUCGCGCUGCUCUUCAACAGCGUCAAAGCCGCCUCCUUCGUAGCCGCGGCACGCUUUUACCCGCUCGUCGAGUUCCUGCUCAUGAAGUGCAUCCCCCCGUCACUUAGGAAGAUGCAGCGAGACCACUACCAGCAGAUCGUCGAUAAGGUGCAGCGGCGCCUCAACUUCGAGCUCGAGCGCCCCGAUAUCAUGUCUCACGUCAUCACCGCGAACGAAGGGGGACAGCUGCCCAUCGGCGUAAUCAACACCACGUUCAUGGUCCUAACGACGGCAGGGAGCGAGACUACGGCGACCGUCUUGUGUGGAGCGCUGAACUAUCUAGUUCACCACCGGGACAAGAUGGACCUUCUCCAGAAGGAGAUCCGCGGCCGGUUUUCGACCGACGGCGAGAUACGGCUAGACGCCUUAAGAAAUCUUAGUUAUCUCAACGCUGUAAUCAACGAAGCCUUACGGCUGUGCCCCCCGAUACCGUGGAUGCUUCCCAGGCAGGUGCCCAGGGGGGGCGACACGGUGUGCGGGAUAUGGCUCCCGGGCGGGACACCAGUUUCUAUCCAGGCGUAUACGAUGAACAGAACGCAGGACUACUUCCACCAUGCCACCUCGUUCCUCCCGGAGCGCUGGCUCCCCGAAGCGUACGUCGACCCCACCUCCCUCUUCUUCCAAGACAGGCGGGAGGCGGUACAGCCGUUCAGCGUAGGCCCUCGGUCCUGCAUGGGGCAGCACCUCGCAUGGGCGGAGAUGCGGCUCGUUCUCGCGAAGCUGCUGUGGACGUUCGAUUUUAGCGCCGCGGAGGGAACGCAGCUGAGGUGGGAAGACCUCAGGACGUUCUUGUUGGUGGAGAAGAGGCCAAUCGAAGUGAGGAUUGAAUUAAGGAAUAAUAUACCUAGGUAA